GGUACGGGGCUUAAGCGCCGCCGCGGUCUGAGGAAUGUCAACUAUUCAACAUGGAGGCGGAGGUCGAUAAGCUGGAACUGAUGUUCCAGAAAGCUGACUCUGACCUGGACUACAUUCAGUACAGGCUGGAAUAUGAAAUCAAGACUAAUUAUCCUGAUUCAGCAGGCAAGAAAAAUCCAGUUACACUUUUAAAGGAAUUGUCAGCAAUAAAGUCUCGAUAUCAAACUUUGCAAGUUCGCUUUAAACCAAUUGCUGUGGAGCAGAAAGAGACUAAGAGCCGCAUUUGUGCUACUUUCAGUAAGACUAUGACCUUGAUACAGGAACUGCAGAAGCAAACAGACCUGGAGUUGUUACCACUAACUGAAGAAGAGAAAACUGCGGCAGAGCAAUUAAGAGCUCACCUGUCAGACUUAUGAGGAAGAAAUGGACUUGCAAAAAGGAACUCUGAUGGGGAAGAAAUCAAUCCCAUAAAUUUAGGAAGAUGUCUUGUUAACAUUGAUGACUAUUGGUCGGGAGAUGACAAAGGAGAUUUGGUUUGGGUGACUGGAUAGUGAUGCCUUCCACAGAAGAGGGGGAUACAAGAGAAGGGCAGAUAUUGUAUUAAUAAAGUUCAGCCAAAGGGGCAGAAUGGAAAUAAAGAGAUUUUUAAAAUAUAUGCACACAUGCUUAGUAAUUUCAGGCAAGGAAAUCCCAACACCAUUUUGUAUCUGUUUUUGUAUAACUGGGAUAACACAGAUGUCCUGACUGACCUAUUGCAAAAGAAUAUUACAUACUGUCAGUCAGUCAGAUGUGAAUGAACAUGCUUGGGAAAUUAAAGGUUAGAAAAAUAUUUGUACUAUAUUAUACGUAUGUAAAUAAUUUUAUUGUUGAAGAUUCUGAUCGCAGAUGUGGUCAACCUUAUGGUGAGACUGCUAAUAUGUGACUUAACAGUCUCCCACAAUACCUAACUUAGUAGAAAGCUGGCUUUUCUGUGACAGCUUCACUUUUAUUUUUGUCCUUUUCCUUCUGCCUGCCAAUGUUGAGCAUGAGCUCUGCUUUCUAAUGCUGUUUCUGAUUGUCCCUGUCACAUUUCAGGGACCUGAAAUAUACCUUUGUUCUCCUCUGGUCUGCAUUACUGUACUUGUUCAGUUCAUUCAUUGAAGAAGGAAAUGGCAGUCCACUCCAGUACUAUUGCCUGGAAAAUCCCAUGGACAGAGGAGCCUGGUAGGCUACAGUCCCUGGGGUCACAAAGAGUUGGACACGACUGAGCGACUUCACUCAGUUCAUUCUACUGUAAAUCUCUAUAUAUGAACCUUCAAGUUGUGAACGUUCGAAGACGUAAGCAUGCGUUUUCCCCUCAUCACAUAAGUUAGCUCUGUUUGAGAAGGCACUGUUAGGUUUGGAGGCACAGGACCCGAAUGUAGGAUGGAACAUGAAGGCUGCAGCAGCCAUUCAGAAUGUAAUCCAGUGCUACUGUGGCAUCUAUGAUGAGAAAAAAAGAGCCGCCACUCAGACAUUACUGGAUUGUUCUUUCAAGAAGGUAGACAGAAUUGAAUCCAGCAAGGAACCAGAACCUGUGCCAUUAACUGCAGGUAUGAAAUCACAGCUUGCCCUGUCUCCUGUUGCUGAUGCCCCUUCAGCUCUACCAUCUCCCACCUCCCCUCCCUCUCUAGUCAGUAACUCUUGCCUGUUCACUCGAUGCCAGCCCCUGUUGUCCUGUCCUACUGUGCUUUUCAAGAUACUGUACUUUCAGAUUAAAAAUGUUUUAUUUCUUUGUGUUUGUUUCCUAUGUAUUAUUUGUGUGAAAACUAUUAUAAACCUAUUACAGUACAGUACUAUAUAGCUGACUGUGUUAGCUGGGCACCUAGGCUAACUUUGUUGGACUUAACAAAGAAACUGGACUUAAGGAACACACUCUCAGAAUGGAACUUGUUCAUAUGUAGGGGACUUACUGUACGUGAAAGCUAAGAAACUGAAAUGAGAGGAUUGUUGCAACUAUUGUUUGCCAGUUUUGUGUAUAUGUGUGUGUGUGUGUGUGUGCACCAAUAUCCUUAUUUUAUUUUAUUUUUUAAAUGGCAAGUAUGGUAUACGCUAGGAGGUCAAGUUACCAAUAAAUUAUCACUGUUAAUAUUCUGGGAAAUGCUGAAGCUAUGCUAAAAAAAUUGAGAGGAGAAGCAGAUAGCAGGUUUUAAAUUCUAGCUGUACAAGCCUGAGCAAAUCACUUAACUUGUGUGUGUCAGGAUGAUUGGAAGUACAAUGAGAUGGUGAAGUAUUAAGGUUUGAUAUUUGGUAAUUCAAUAAAUAUUUCCAUAUAUGUAAUAAAAACAAGAUAUUGAAAGACCAGGAAAAGUAAAUCAAAUGUUAAUUUGCAGGGUACAGAAUUAUACUUUUAUGUAAAUAAGAAUUUUUUCUGUUAUGUUAUUAACAAACUUAUAAUAGCUGACAAACAGGGUUGGAAGAGUAGCUUCAGUUAAAAUUGUCUAUUCUGAAUAUUUGGAGAACAGAAACUACCCUAACCUUUAAAUUACAAAUAAGUCAUACUUUAGUAAUAUAUACUACUCUUCUUUGGUACUCAGGCAAGUAAUAUUGAGGAAGUUCCUGUCAUGAUAUGUCUCUGGGAUGCGAUGUUGAUUGGUGGGAUUGAAAAAUGGUGGUAUCACAAAGAGAUCUUAACAAGUUACUGGAGUUAAAGUAUUUUGUUUGCAAUUAGGGAAAAAAAAACAAUGUUUUUCUUCUGACUUCCUUCACAAGUUACCUUAAAAUAUUGGUUCUUCCCAAUAUUUUAAGAAUAUUGGUUAUUUUAAGAAUUUAUUUAUUGGGAAUUUUAAGAAUAUUUUAUUGGUUCUUAAAAUUGUUCUUUCUGCACUUUGUAUAUUCAUUUAUUUCCUAGGGUUCAUUUAUUGCCUCUUUGGGGAAUGAUUUCCAAGGAUAACUUAACUCCACUAGAAGUGAAAGUGUUAGUUGCUCAGUCUUGACUCUUUGCAACCCCAUGGACUGUAGUCAGCUAGACUCCUCUGUCCAUGGAAUUCUCCGGGCAAGAAUAUUGGAGUGGGUAGCCAUUCCCUUCUCCAGGGGAUCUUCCUGACCUAAGGAUCAAACCUGAGUCUCCUAUGUUGCAGGUGGAUUCUUUACUGUCUGAGCCACCACGGAGGCCUAGAUGCAAACUUCCAAUAAAAACCUUGACCUGAAUAUUCAAACUGAAUGUGUCCAGAAUACUUAACUGAUUUUAUUUUGUUACUAGCCACUACUCUGUUAGCUGGAAUUAAGGUUUGCAUCCAUUUCUUUAUAUUGUUAGUUAAUAAAAUCUGUACCUUUUGAAAUGUU